AUGGCAGUUGCCUUGAAUGAAUGGAAUAGGAACACUGUGGUCUGUGGGCAAUAUUUUCCACAAAAAAAGAGACGCAUAUCCAGGAUCAAUUGUGUCCAACGCAACCUUACCAUUAAUGCAAGGCCCGACCUGCUCAAGUUAGAAAGGAAAUUACGAGUAGAACUAGACGAGAUACUCUACCAAGAAGAGCUCAUUUGGUUCAAACGCUCUAGAGAAGAUUGGAUUGUUUCUGGAGAUCGGAGUACCCAUUACUACCACAUAGCUACCACGGUGAAAAACAAUACAACGAGAAUUAAAGCCCUCAGGAACGAUGAAGGUUUGCUGAUCAUUGAUGACUUGCAAGUCAGAAAUCUUAUUCGAGAAUAUUUUGUCCGUCUAUUUACUGAAGACUCGGGGCCAAUCUCUCAGGAAUCCUUUCAUGGACACUUCCCUACUGUGAGUGAGGCAGAAUGGGAAGUGAUCAAUGAUCCUUUCACCAAAGUGGAGGUAAAACAUGCGAUGUUUGACAUGCCCCUAUGCAGGUUCCCAGGACGGAUGGCAUCACUACAGGUUUUUACCAAAAAUCAUGGGCUACGGUUGGCAAAGUAUUAG